AGGUUGUGUCAUCACUAUCCUUGCCCCGUCCCCAUAACUUGGUAGCCCACACAUGUCUCAGCACCUCCAUGUCUCCCGAGGCCUCCGUAAUUAGUAUAAAACAAGGCUUGGUCCGCUUCGUCACCCGUUCGGUAUGCUCAAGAAUCCAACUUCGGCCAUUGCACAGUUUGGGAGACAACUCGUAGUUACUAUCGCGCGGAUACAGCACGCCAACAGCACCACCGGGUCUUUUCCCAAGCUUAGCAUCUCGGCCGAGGACGAAGCUGCUGAUCCGCCCUCUAGCAUACCGUUCAGAAAGAAGCGACAGCCCAUGAUUGCCUCGAGGAGACCCCAGCCCGCCCCGGGGGGCGACAAAUUCCCUACCAAGCCUUCCGCCGACGACGCGAUGCUGCUCGGCAUCAAGGAUGCCGUACACCAGUGGUGGAACCGUGUCUCGCCCACAGUCGCCGAGCGCAACGUGAUCUCCUGUAUUCCGUACCUUCGGGAAGCUGCCGCCGCCGACACGAGUCCCUUGGCGCAAGUGCCGUCAGCCGCGCAACCCGGUCAGACCCAGACAUCCGCCGAGGCCGAUCCCUACGGACCGAGACUAUGGCGGUCGACGAUGGUGCCGUUAUCGGGCAAGGAGAGGAGCCUGAACGAAUUUUCGGUAGAGCGCGUAGGGGAGGAGGUCGAUAACACGCUGGUCAUGCUCCACGGGUACGGAGCCGGGCUCGGGUUUUACUACCAGAAUUUUGAGAACCUCAGCCGCUCGCAGGGCUGGAAACUCUACGCGCUAGACUGGCUCGGCAUGGGCAACUCGACGAGGCCGCCAUUCAAGGUCCAUUCGAAAGACCCCGCGGAGAAGAUCACCGAGGCGGAAAAUUGGUUCAUCGAUGCGUUGGAAGAGUGGCGAAAGAUUCGGCAGAUUAACAAAUUCACCCUCCUCGGGCACUCCUUGGGCGGGUACUUGGGCGUGUCCUACGCGCUGAAAUACCCGGGCCGCGUGAACAAGCUCAUCUUAGCCUCUCCAGUCGGGAUACCGGAGGAUCCGUACGCAGUGAACGCCGACAUGCCGGAGCCCACGGAGUCUUCGUUUCUAGACGAGCUCGCCGUCGACCAGCAGACGACAACUACAGCCAAGAAUGACCAGCGGCCCGAUGCCGGCGCGCCGAAGAAGCGGCCGUAUUCUCCCCUACUCGUCUGGCUGUGGGACGCCAACGUGUCGCCUUUCAGCUUCGUACGAUUGACUGGGCCACUAGGGCCCAAAUUCGCGUCCGGCUGGACCUCCCGACGGUUCAACCACCUGACUCCGGAAGAGCGCCAGACGCUCCACGACUACGCGUACUCAAUUUUCAGGCAAAAGGGGAGCGGCGAGUACGCGAUGCCGUAUCUACUAGCGCCCGGCGCUCACGCACGCCGGCCCGUCAUCAACCGGGUCCACCGGAUAGGCAGACAGGUGAUCACACCGGCGACGGAGACGGCGCCGGCCGUGCGGGAAACGGGGAUCCCGGUCAUCUUCAUGUACGGCGAGAACGACUGGAUGGACGUCGCGGGCGGCCUCGCCGCGGAAGAGAAGCUGAAGCAGGCGAAGAUCAAGGCGCUGCUGCACGGCACGGAGGAAGAGAAACGGAGGGAGAACGGCAGCGCGAAGGUCGUGGUCGUCAGGAAAGCCGGGCACCACCUGUACCUCGACAACCCGGACGAGUUCAACGAGCACGUCCGCCAGGAGUUGCAAGAGACUCGGCAGCGCACGCUGUGGGAGAGGAGUCUGUCCUGACGAGCUGACGCAUUCCCGGUAUCCAAAAAAACGUAAUUUGCGGCAGCGAGAGAGCGGUUCUAUUUUUUUUUUUUUUUUUUCUAAAUGCGUUUCCAAGAGCGGCGACUGCACUUCUAGAGGGGGGAAUUCUUCCUUAGACGUGAUCACAAUACGC